ACCUUUUUAAGAUUAUUUUUUGUUUUCUUUUAUUAUGAAACAAAUCGUUGAAUAAAAUAAAUAUUUUCUCUCGGUUAAAAUAAUAUUCGAUAUAUAUAUAUGCGAUUUUAUUUUAUCGAACAUUUUUUAAUAAUAAUCGGUUAGAUAUAUAAAAAUGAAUUUUAUUUUAAUUAAAAUAAAGAUAAUAGAAAUAAUUAAAUUGUUUUUUGCAUGAGAAUAAAAUGAAAAUUAGAGUUAUUUAGUUAAUUAAUAUAAUAUAUUAUUUAAAAACGUGUCAGCUAGAGAAAUAAUGUUCGAUUUGAUAAAAAGAAUAAAAUAAAAUUUGUUUAUUAAAAAUUUAGAUGAUCUUGUGGAACGUUUAAAUGAAUGUGAAUAUUCAUUUAAUAGUCAAUAUGAUUUAAUAGAAAAUGUUAAUAAAAUAAAUCGAAAAGAAAAUUCAUCUCGAUCAUUAUUAUAUGCUCAUUCGGAUAAAUAUCAUGAUUUUAAUUGGAUAUUACAUGUUUAUUCAUUAGAUGAUAAAUCAAAAUCAUUUAUUAAAUAUUUAUCAUCAAUGACUUUUUCAACAAAAUCCUCAUUAUGGAAUGAUAUUGAAUUAAAAGGUAUUUUAUCAUAUAAAACAAUAUCAUCAAUUCAAUCAUCAAAUAAAACAAAUGUAUCAAGAAAAUUAUUUCAAUCGAAUACAACAGAUCAAUUAACAAAUAAAUUGACAAUAAAUCGAAGUAAAUCAGAUGGAAUUGUUGAAAAUAAUGAUAAAAAACAUAUUAAAUUAAGUCCAUAUACUAAAUUGUAUGAAUAUGUCUUAUCUCAUCUUGAUCAUAUUUGUUAUCGUUUAUAUGGAUCUCAAUCAAAUAAAUUUGAAAGAAUCAUUUGGAAUUUAUUUGAAAAUUAUACUCAAUUAUUAUUUUGUUCACGAUUAAUUCAAGUAUAUAAAUCCGAGUGCCUAGUUCGAAAUUAA